AGUCACCUUGACUGAAUCGCCUCCUUCCCCCUCCCUUCAAUGACUUCAAUGGAAUUUUAUGGUGAAAGGAAAUUGUGGUAUGAUGUAUUUCUGCCAGUCGUGUGCACCACGAUCGUAUGGCUGAUCGAUUGUCAGACCUCAACAGACACUCGAGAGUUGAAUUUAGUUGUCCGAGUAGAGGACUCGGCGAACGAUUUGAUUUGUGACUCACUUGACGCAUCGGUUGGCGAGCCGAUUGUUCGUUAUGGGAAACAAGUUGUCCAAUGGUGGGAAAUCGCAUUCGAGAUCGACGCGUGAACUCUCAUACCGCACCCAAAAGCGAGCGUUACUCCAAUCAAACAACAAUAAUAAUAAUAAUUACGAUACCAUGAGUUCCUUGGCCAAGUUGAAGUCUGUCACCACGGUCGUGGCUGACACGGGCGACUUUGAGGCCAUGAAGACCUUUCAACCCCAAGAUGCCACCACCAACCCUUCGCUGAUCUUGGCGGCUGCAGGCAUGGACCAGUACAAGGCUUUGGUGGACCAAGCCGUUAGCUUUGGCAAGCAACAGGGCGGUUCCUUGGAGGGCCAAGUGGAAGCGGCUGUGGACAAGUUGUUCGUGCUGUUCGGGUGCGAGAUCCUUAAGAUUGUUCCUGGUCGAGUAUCCACUGAGGUGGACGCCAGGUUGUCCUUUGACAAGGAGGCUCAGUUGACCAAGGCAAAGCACCUCAUCAAACUUUACGAAGAGGAGGGAAUUUCUAAAGACCGCAUCCUCAUCAAACUCAGCUCCACUUGGGAGGGUAUCCAAGCUGCCAGAGAACUGGAGAGGGACCACGGGAUCCACUGUAAUCUGACCCUGUUGUUUUCCAUGGCUCAAGCUGUGGCUUGUGCCGAUGCGGGCGUGACCUUAAUCUCUCCAUUCGUGGGACGCAUCUUGGACUGGCAUGUGGCCCACAACCCCGAGAAGAAGUCCUACGAGCCUCUGGAAGACCCUGGGGUUGUUUCUGUGACCAAAAUCUACAACUACUACAAACGUUUCGAUUACAAGACUGUCGUGAUGGGGGCCUCUUUCCGUAACGUUGGCGAGGUCAAGGCAUUGGCUGGAUGUGAUCUGCUGACCAUUAGCCCCAAGCUUCUGGCUGAAUUGGAAAAUUCUCAAGAUGAAAUGCCCGAGUACCUGGAUGCAAAAAAGGCCAAAGCUUUGGAACUGGAAAAGUUCGAUAUGGAUGAGAAGGCCUUUCGAUGGAUGAUGAACGAAGACCAGAUGGCUACGGAUAAGCUCAGUGAAGGCAUUCGCAAGUUCGCUCAAGACCAAAACAAGAUGGAUGCCAUGGUUCGCAAGCUUUUGCAAGGUUGAGGGAUUCACAUUUGGCGGGAACACGCUCUAUACUUAUCAUCGCGACUUUUGAAUAUUUUGUAUUUGUUGAGGAAUAACUUGUUCAUGUCAUAUAAUCAUAACAAAUCCAAUGUUUUCAGAUUUACUGAGAGGAAUAAAUUAUGAUAUUAUUAUUACCAA